GCGAGGAAGGUUUUAACCCUUUCGAUUUGUGUACAUUGAUAUCAAAAUGCAUUUUUCUUUAUAAAGUACUAAUUUUUUCCAAGCGUGAUAAGGGAACAGUUUUUAGCAUACGAAAAGUUGAUGUUACCUCAUUGUAAUAUCGCAAAAACUAUAUUAGUGACGUUUGAUUGUAAAUUUCAGUUCCUUUACUAAUGGACGACGAUACAAUCGCUUUUGGAGAAGAGGAUGAAGCUAAUCAAAAUGGCAAUAAACUCAAACAUCCGUAUGUCACCAUGUUUCACUUGGUAUUCAGAGUAGCAGCAGCAGUGUUUUAUAUAUUCUGUGAAUCGUUUUCAAGCAGUUUUGUAGCUAACUUUAUAACUCUAGUAUUACUUUUGUCAAUGGAUUUUUGGACAGUGAAAAAUAUUACUGGAAGAUUGAUGGUUGGCCUCAGGUGGUGGAAUUACGUGGAUGAUGAUGGAAAAAGUCACUGGGUAUUCGAAUCCAGAAAGGGUGUUCAACAGAACCGCAUCAAUUCCCAGGAAGCUCGUAUAUUUUGGUUGGCAUUGAUUUUCUGUCCGCUUCUGUGGUCGGUGUGGUUCGCAACAGCAUUUUUCGGCCUUAAAUUUAAAUGGCUGUUGCUCGUGUGUAUCGCAAUCGCUCUGAACGGCGCUAACUUGUAUGGAUACGUGAAGUGUAAAAUGGGAAAGGAUCAAAACAUCUCGGCAACAACGAGCAAUUUCUUGAGGAAACAGGUCAUACAAAAUGUUGCAUCUAUGAUGACCAGGAGUCCUCCUACAACCAAUCCAAACGAACCGGCCAACAUGAUAUGAGUUGUAAACUUUCAGACGUGAUAUUAUUUAAAUAGAACGCUGCCGUAAAAAGCAUCGUACUGGAAACACUCUAAUUUGUACAUACGUAUUAACGGGAAUAUUAUUAUUACUAUAUGUAUCGACGAAACGAUAUAAUAAAGUUGCUAUUUAAAUCA